GACCUGAUUCUUCUUGUCAGUGCCGGACUGACAGCUCCGAGUCUACUCGUGUAGUCCGCAAGUUUGGGCUAGACAGCACGCUGCUUUUCGUUUCAUCGAUCAUCGAAUUCAAGCAAGUACUCUUACAAGUCUGAACUCUCUUACAAACCAUCCACCGAACGGUCAUAACCAAGUCCAACGUCUACCUCAUUCAUUUCAAUAAUUUUGGUAUUGAGAAUUGACCACCCAUUCUACAUAACAUGGAUGAAGCCAUGGACUUCGACUCUGGGUCUCCUGCCCCACAGAUGCCUUUGCAGGACUCCAAUCAGCAUCCUACACCCAUGAACGGUGGUGACUCGGGACGGAAAAUGCUCGAUCUAGUAUUUGUCCAAGAUUGUACAGGCAGUCAAGGCAGCUACAUCACAUCCGCAACCCGUAACAUCGAACAAAUAUGCGCUCACAUCUUUGAAUCCGGAAAAUUACAAUCCCCUGAGGACCUUCGCGUAGGCUUAGUUGCCUUUCGAGAUCAUCCACCUCAAGAUCAUACGUAUAUCGUGAAGAACUUUGGGUUUUCGUCGGACAUAAGCAAGGUGCAAAAGGAUCUUUCAUCGCUAUAUGCUUCGGGUGGAGGGGACGGACCUGAGGCUGUCACUGCUGCGCUCGUGGAGGCGUUGAAUAUGGAGUGGAGAGAGCAUGCGACUAGGAUGGUGGUCUUGAUUGCAGACGCUCCACCCCAUGGGAUUGGAGAGUAUGGGGACGGGUUUGAUGAUGGAUCACCCGAUGGGUACGAUCCAAUGCAGGUUGCACGAUUAAUGGCCACUCGAGGGAUAACAUUGUUUUUCGUUGCUUGUGAACCAGCGUUGAGUGGAUAUCUUUACGCAACCGAUUUCUACAAAGCCAUCACAAACAUCACCUCCGGUCUUAUGCUUCCGUUAACCACAGCUGAUCUCCUGGCUCACGCAAUUGUCGGCAGUGUCCUAGAGAAUCUGGACAUGGAAAGACUAGUCCGUGAAGUUGGACACGCUGUAGCUCAACGAAUUCUUGGGAAUAACGAAAGUGUGGAUGACGUCGCGAAGGAGUUACACGAGAAGCUGUUACUACGGAAUGAGAGUACCAAGAAGGUCGUUAUUGAAAGUAUUUACAAGGACUCUGAAGAAUCUCGACAUAAUGUGGCAGUGUUCAUGGAAGCUCCUUCGUUGGCUGAGGCAAGGCCGCUCUUAAAACGGGUGAUAGGAACUCGUUUCACAGAUAAAUAUCUCCAAGCUCGGCAAGCACUCCAUCGAGGGAGCUACUCAUCUUACUCAGCUUACUCGUACUCUUCUUACUCCCCCGCUACCCCUCCUCGAUCCCCGCCCACCUCUAAAUCGCCGACUUCCUCUCCUUCCACAUCCCCACAACGCAAGGUGAUCUCAGACUUUGCAGCCUUUGGAGCACCCAAAAAUGCCAGUGUGUUCGGUACGGCUGUAGCCUCGACGCCAUUUUCGCUCGCGGGAGGCAAAGCCGCGUUUGGAGGCAUGAGGGCGGGCGGGUCGACGAGGGCGUCGUUCGAUGACGAGGAGGAGGAGGACGCGGAUGAUGGGAGGCAGAAGGUCGAGUUAAGGGAGGAUUCGAUUUCGCUUGAGCAGGCCAAGCGAAUCGCGAUGCAGAGCGCUUGGAGAAGUGCAAGGGUCUAGGGGCUAGACGAAGUUCGGAUUGCUGGUUGCACUGGUUGUGGGUGAGUUUGCCGCCGUCGUUAUACAGAUUUAGCGUUGUCGCCAUAGAGCCAAGAAACCAAUGUAAUGCAAUUAUCACGCCAGCUAUGUUCACAU